CUCCGUCCUGUCUCCUCGUGCUGUUCGUCUGAGACCUUCUCUCACUCAGAAGCUGGUGUCGCGCGCUGCAUCCAAGAACGCACAUUCCCAAACAGUAAGGCUAUACAGUUUGAAGCCACCAUGAUGGAGGCCUUAAACCAGCUGGUCCUGUCCAGAGUGUUGCUAUGUGGGCUCCUUCUCCACACAGUGUCCCACCGGGGACUGGGAACUGGGGAGACAGUUAGAACAAAGCCCAAUUUCAUCAUCAUACUGGCAGAUGAUAUAGGCUGGGGUGACCUGGAUGUUAACCAACCAGAGAAGAAGACAAACAACACACCAAACCUUAACCGGAUGGCCCAGGAAGGACUAAGACUGACAGACUUCCACUCCCCUGCAUCAACAUGUUCUCCGUCCCGCGCUGCAAUCCUUACAGGCCGAUAUGGCCUCAGAAACGGAGUGAUACAUAACUUCGGCGUGAAUUCUGUGGCUGGUCUGCCCCUUUCUGAAAUCACCUUUCCCCAGCUGCUGCAGCAGGCAGGUUAUUACACCGCCAUGAUCGGGAAGUGGCAUCUUGGGCACAACGGACCGUACRGUCCGACUAACAGAGGUUUUGACUACUACUUGGGUAUUCCCUACAGCAACGACAUGGGCUGUACUGACACACCAGGCUAUAACCUGCCUCCGUGCUCCCCUUGUGUUACAUCCAGACCUGAAGUGACYCGACUGAGGAGGAGCGUACAUGGGGGCUGUUACUCCAAGGUGGGCCUUCCUCUGGUUGAAAACCGCAGCAUUGUGGAGCAGCCGCUUGACCUGUGGACAUUAACAGAGAAGUACAAAUCUGCUGCGCUCAGGAUUAUACACAGUGCAAGGGCCCGAGGACAGCCGUAUCUGCUCUACGUUGCGUUGGCUCACAUGCACGUCCCACUUGCCCCGCCRCUCUCUCCAGACUCCCACGCCUCUGCCCAGUACCCAAGCGAUGGAACGUACUCUGCCAGUCUGCGGGAACUGGAUGAGUUGUUUGGAACAUUAAAAACAGCCUCAGAUAAAGACAACACUCUUAUCUGGUUCACUGGUGACAAUGGUCCUUGGGAACAGAAGUGCCAGUAUGCAGGAAGUGUUGGACCUUUUACUGGAAAAUGGCAGACAAAUAAAGGCGGGGGUUCAGCUAAGCAGACCACCUGGGAGGGAGGUCACAGGGUGCCCACUGUGGUUUAUUGGCCUGGACGAAUCCCUGCAAACACCACCAGCUCUGCUCUGCUCAGUGGGAUGGACAUCUUCCCUACAGUUCUGUCUCUGGCCGGAGUGACUCCCCCCUCAGACAGACGUUACGAUGGCAUCGAUGCUACAAAUAUUGUCCUGCAGCGUGAACACACUGGCCGUGAGUUUCUCUUCCAUCCUAACAGCGGCGCUGCGGGGACGUUUGGAGACUUGCAAACAGUUCGAGCAGGAAAAUACAAGGCUUUCUACAUCACAGGUGCUGCAGAAGCAUGCGGUGGUGGAACAGGGGAGCAGCAGCUCCACGACCCACCUCUCAUAUUUGAUCUGGAGCGUGAGGAGGCAGAGGAAACACCCCUGCCGUUUGACACACCUGAGUACAAGGCCGCCGCACAAAGGGUUGCCCACAAAAGGGAGGAAGUGCUAUGGGACAUUGCUACGGACAUGUCAGUGUCCACAGCAGACUACAGCACAGACGAGUCAGCAGCACCCUGCUGUGAUCAAACACAGGCUGUCUGUCGGUGUCACAGGAAGACAUAAAGACUUUCAGGAAACACUGGUGAAACUCUGAUAGGCAGACAUGUGGAGACCACCGAGGUCUACAGAACAGCUGGAGUUUGUCUUGACCAUGUAACCGUGUGAUCUGCUGUAGCAGCAACAACUAAUCAGACCAGGCAAUAGUCUAGAUUUAGCAUUACUGUACAUAUUGGUAAGAUAGCAAACAAUAAGGACUGAUUGUGUAAAAUUUGUAAAAACUAUUAAUGAUCCAAGCAAAAUUAUUAAUAAUAUAUUAGAGUCUGUAUAAGCUAUCUAAUGCAAAUCAAAAUGCUAGAAAGCUGUGUGUUAUGAAUGUACUAACAGAAGAGAAGCAGGAAAAUGUCUCUCAUUUCAUAAUUAAGCUGAUUUUAUCUUAUUUAUGUCAAUGUGGAUGUGAAGCUAAUGUAAAAUUAAAAUAAGCUUAUAAAGUC